CGGGAGGCCGGGAGACCUGCUCCGCCCGGCCCUCGGUGGGUGAGUGCGAGCGGCGGGUGGGGCCUCCGCGGACUGAGGCACCGGGAGCCGGGGCGACGCCUGUCAUCGCUCUAGGCCCAGCGGGAGGACGCGCCAACAUCCCUGCUGCUGUGCUGAGCCCGGGGCGUGCCCGCCGCUGCUCCCACCACUGGGCCGGGCUGAGGCCGCCCGGGGGCCCUGUUCCUCGGCAUUGCGGGGCCUAGUGGGCAGAGCCGCGGAGGGGGCUUCUUCUCCCCGAGGGCAGCGUCUUGGGGCCCGGCCGCUGGCUGACCCGCAGCGGCUCCGGCCAUGCCUGGCUGGCCCUGGGGGCUGCUGCUGACGGCAGGCACGCUCUUCGCCGCCCUGAGCCCUGGGCCGCCGGCGCCCGCCGACCCUUGCCACGAUGAGGGGGGCGCGCCCCGGGGCUGCGUGCCGGGCCUGGUGAACGCCGCCCUGGGCCGCGAGGUGCUGGCGUCCAGCACGUGCGGGCGGCCGGCCACUCGGGCCUGCGACGCCUCCGACCCGCGACGGGCACACCCCCCCGCCCUCCUGACUUCCCCAGGGGGCACGGCCAGCCCUCUGUGCUGGCGCUCAGAGUGGCUGCCUCGGGCACCCCUCAACGUGACUCUCACGGUGCCCCUGGGCAAGGCUUUCGAGCUGGUCUUCGUGAGCCUGCGCUUCUGCUCAGCUCCCCCAGCCUCCGUAGCCCUGCUCAAGUCACAGGACCAUGGCCGCAGCUGGGCCCCUCUGGGCUUCUUCUCCUCCCACUGUGACCUGGACUAUGGCCGUCUGCCUGCCCCUGCCGAUGGCCCAGCUGGCCCAGGGCCUGAGGCCCUGUGCUUCCCUGCACCCCAGGCCCAGCCUGAUGGCAGCGGCCUUCUGGCCUUCAGCGUGCAGGACAGCAGCCCCCCAGGCCUGGACCUGGACAGCAGCCCAGUGCUCCAAGACUGGGUGACCGCCACCGACAUCCGUGUAGUGCUCACAAGGCCUAGCGCGGCGGGUGACCCCAGGGACAUGGAGGCCAUCGUCCCUUACUCCUACGCAGCCACUGACCUCCAGGUGGGCGGGCGCUGCAAGUGCAAUGGACAUGCCUCACGGUGCCUGCUGGACACACAGGGCCACCUGAUCUGCGACUGUCGGCAUGGCACCGAGGGCCCUGACUGCGGCCGCUGCAAGCCCUUCUACUGCGACAGGCCAUGGCAGCGGGCCACUGCCCGGGAAUCCCACGCCUGCCUCGCUUGCUCCUGCAAUGGCCAUGCCCGCCGCUGCCGCUUCAACAUGGAGCUGUACCGACUGUCCGGCCGCCGCAGCGGGGGUGUCUGUCUCAACUGCCGACACAACACCGCUGGCCGCCACUGCCACUACUGCCGGGAGGGCUUCUAUCGAGACCCUGGCCGUGCCCUGAGUGACCGUCGGGCUUGUAGGGCCUGCGACUGUCACCCCGUUGGUGCUGCUGGCAAGACCUGCAACCAGACCACAGGCCAAUGUCCCUGCAAGGAUGGCGUCACUGGCCUCACCUGCAACCGCUGCGCACCUGGCUUCCAGCAGAGCCGCUCCCCAGUGGCGCCCUGUGUUAAGACCCCUAUCCCUGGACCCACUGAGGACAGCAGCCCUGUGCAGCCCCAGGACUGUGACUUGCACUGCAAACCUGCCCGUGGCAACUACCGCAUCAGCCUAAAGAAGUUCUGCAGGAAGGACUAUGCGGUGCAGGUAGCGGUGGGCGCGCGCGGUGAGGCGCGCGGCGCGUGGACGCGCUUCCCGGUGGCCGUGCUCGCGGUGUUCCGGAGCGGAGAGGAGCGCGCUCGGCGCGGGAGCAGCGCGCUGUGGGUGCCCGCCGGGGAUGCAGCCUGCGGCUGCCCGCGCCUACUCCCUGGCCGCCGCUACCUCCUGCUGGGUGGCGGGCCUGGAGCCGCGGCUGGGGGCGCGGGGGGCCGGGGACCCGGGCUCAGCGCCGCCCGCGGAAGCCUAGUGCUUCCCUGGAGGGACGCGUGGACGCGGCGCCUGCGGAGGCUGCAGCGGCGUGAGCGGCGAGGGCGCUGCAGCGCCGCCUGAGCCCGCGGGCUGGGCAGGGCGGGCGCCGCUCCCACAUCCAGGCGCACGUUCACCCGGUGCCUUCGCCUGCCAGGAGUCCUUGCUCGCGUCGCGCGUGUCGCCACCUAGGCCGCCGCCGUCCCCGCCGGCAGCUCCCUCUGUACCUCCCGUCUGGCCCCGGGGGGAUGUGACCGGCGCAGCGACAGCCCGCCCCGCACAGAGGCGGGUGAUAUGGCACACCCAGAGGACCCUAUGGUCUCCUGCCCCCUGGCCGCUGGCCCUGUCCCAGGGGCACUGUGAUACCCGGAAGGCUGUGAAUUCCUCGUGAUGCCAGGCCCUCUCGGGGAUCUCAGAUCAUCCCCGGGGCCGCUGUGAUGCACACCCCCACCCGUGCAGCGACCCGCCAGGGAGCGCGCUGACCUCCCCAA